AUGUCUCAUUCUACUGAUAUCGGAAAGCCAAUCACCACUGAUCUACCGACCUACGAGGAGUACAAGGAGGCAAUAGAGGCCAAGAAGAACACCGCAAUUGGUUCCAUAGCACCAUUCAUACCCAGCGAGUACAAGCGCGUUGCCCUGGCAAACUUGAGCUUCUUUUUGGUGGGGCUGACUUACGCAUUCAUAAGGCAGUUUAAGGAGAUCCUGGUCCUCGACACAUUUCAGGACGCAACAGUGGCCAUUUGGCUCGAGUUGCUGACAUUCUGCGCCUCAAUCACGAUACUGGGCGUGGUCAAUCGGAUCCACGCUAAACACGGCGUAAACAGGGGAACAUCCAUGUUCAUCCUCUUCUUCAUCGGGCUCUACCUCGCAUGGGGAUUCCUAACGGUAUUCGAUAGAUUUGUAAUAGAAAAGGGCGUAGCACAGGAGAUCAUGUCAGGAAGCAGAUGGACAAUCAGAGGCCUCAACAUUUUCAGACAGCCCCUGAUUAUGCUUAAUAACCUGGUCAUGACGCUCUUCUACGUGAUACUCGACUCGUCGACGUCAUUUCUGAUUGGAUGCGGCUACAUGAUGUACUUUACGGCCAAUGUGACACACGAACAGAUGUCCCGCUACAUCUUCCUGAUUCUGCUGGGCGCAAAUGCCUCUCUUUUCUUCUCAGUCUUUCUUGCCAAAUUUAUGGCUCGUUUGAUAGACCAACGUGCCAUUGCAUCGACCAAGUGGAUCUACUACUGUGCUAGCAUCUGUGUGGCCUCUCUGUUCUACGGCGCCCUCUACUUCAUGAAGAGACUCAGUGACCGUGAAUUUAGAAAGCCACUUUACGUAGGCCACGUCAUAGGCCAGCAGACGCCCAAGGCAAAGACGAAUGUGGGACUGUCACAGUCACUGCGAAUCGUCUGUCGGACGCCCUGGCUCCUUGGAAUGUGUCUCUUUGCCGUUGCCUACAAUUUUGCUAGUGCAAUUGACUCAGUCACGUCAAUGUACUCGUUUGUGGCCUAUUCUGACUUCUUGCAGCAGAAUCCGCAUAUGAACAGGAAUCCAGGCCAGGGCGACUCAAGCAGCGCCCUCAGCAGCAAGUACAAGUCGAUCGAAUGCUUCCUGACUUCUGCAAUCUCAGUCUACCUUAUGCUUGUACCCGUUUUCAAGCGAAUCUUUGGCACAGUUGGAAUUCUGGGAUUUGCUGCCGUCGUCUGUGCUGCUUGCACAGUCCCUGACUUCCUGAUCUGCCUGUUUUCGACCAUCAACUACCCGUUUACGCACUUUGGGGAGAGAUCGCUGUUUACGUUUGGCAUCAACUCAGCCACUGCCUACUUCGAGUGGGAGGCCUUUCUGGUGAUGACAUCGAAUCUCCUGAGCAAAGUGGGCAAGUACUCGUUCUACGACGUGAUAAAAGAGAGCCUCAGUGUGAAAAUAGACCCAGAAAAGCGAAUUAUUUACAAGGGCAUUUUUGAUGGAUUGGCCCAGAAAAUAGGGAAGCUGCUUGCAAGCAUCUAUGUGAUAGUUCUGGUGAACGUCUUUCACAAGAAUGACGUCAGAUACUUCGCAUUUCUGACAUUCAUGAUCAGGGCCGCCCUCUUUGGGUUGGUCUUCUUCAUGAUGAUCAAGGUCCAUGCCGACUACAAGCGGGCUGUACAGAAUGACACGUAUCUCGAUAACAGUGGCAAAUCACCCGUAGGCGACCGAUUGGAUUCGGAAACAGUUCGAUGA